AUGUCUACACCCCAAACGCACCCGGCGACGCUGGUGGAUGCACGAUACAACGGGAGAAAAUUUUUUUUUUAUCACCUAAUCUUUGGUCCCACUGGGGCUGCCACUCUUGCAGGGUUAUGUGAGAUUCUCAUAUUUCAUCCCUUUGAUACAACGGCGAAGCGACUCAUGACGCAUCAGCACAUUGUAUUUGACCCCACCUCCUUGUCGAACACGUGGCGGGGUUUUUUGCGGGUUGUGUUUGCAGGCAUUGAGCACGACAAGCCCAUUGGAGCUCGCAUCACUUCUUUAGAUCGCGUGAGGCACAUGUACCCGGGAAGCACAUACGCCAUGUUAUAUAAGGUGUUGCAGCGCGUCAUUAAAUUUGCAGGUCAAUCAUACAUGCGGGAUUUUUUGGAGUCUAGAUUUGGGCAUAUUUUUUUAGGAGAUGCGCAGGAACAAUCAAAGCAGCAGCAGCAGCAGCAGCACACCCACAGAAGAAAUAAUCACGGCGCAAUGGCGCUUGAGGCCACCGCUGGGUGCCUUGUAGGUGUUUUCGAGGUGAUUCUGUUGCCCAUUGACCGGAUGAAGGUGCUGAACCAGACAAAUAAAGGGGCCAUUAAAAACCGCUCUUUUUUCCGAAUCCUCCGUCAAGAGGGGGUUAUGAGGAUGUACGCAGGCAUCGGAACAACCGCGGUGCGAAACGCCCCUGGUUCCUUUUUGUUGUUUGGAGGUGUGGCCUGGACCAAGGAGUACGUGUUUCACCUGGAGGACUACAGCGAAGCGACGUUUGUUCAGAAUUUGGUGAGCUCCACCGUGGGUGGUUUCCUCGGCGUGUGGUUUACGAACCCAAUCGAUGUUGUGAAGACACGCAUUCAAAACAAGAGAUUUGAAGACGGCCGCGUGACUGGUUGGAGCGUGAUGAUGGAGACCUUUCGGCGAGAGGGCGUGACGGCCUUUUACAAGGGCAUGUUGCCGAAACUCCUCACAUCGGCACCUCGUCUUGUCUUUUCGUACACAAUGACGCAGUUUUUUAUUAGAUGUUUUCGUGGUGAGAAGCCAAAGCCGUUGCGCGAAUCAAAAUGA